CUUCCAGUGAAGUAAAUAAUGGAGCUGUUUCAAUUGAAGGAAAAAAGUCUGACGAUACUGCUGACGCUAAAUCCCCUUCAAAUUUACCCGUUCGUACGGAGAAAACAAAAGAUGUUACUGAAGAGUCCAAAGUAUAUUGUGAUGAUGAAGAUUCUGAAGACGAUGAUUUUGAUCCAAAUUUCAAAAGUGGAUUUCUCCACGAUUAUUACAAUAUUCGCAAAGACGUGAUAGAAAAAUUAAAGAAUUGUGAAGGCCGAGUCUAAAAUGAAUAUAUCUGUAACUGGCGGCAAUACUAUAAUUGGUGAUCACAUGACAGUUAAUAUUACUCAAACUGGUGCUUCAAGUGAAGUAAAUAAUGCUCCUCUACAUAUUACUCAUGCUGGCUCUUCCAGUGAAGUAAAUAAUGGAGCUGUUUCAACUGAAGAUAACAAAAUCGGGGCUUCCAACUGGCACGAACCAGAUUAUCAGUAUUUUCAAAGAAGAGAAUUAGAUGAUCAACUUCAGGGAUUGAGAAAAGGAGUCCCAAUAAUUUUGCAUGGAUCAAUUGGAGUGGGAAAAUCUUCUGCUGCUUUAAAUUAUCUUGUUGUCAACAAAGACAAAUAUGACAUCAGUUGGUUGAUAGAUCUUAAGAACUUUGACAGCGAACAAGUUGUUGAAUCAUUGACAAAGUUAGCGAAAGAGUUUUCAACCAAUAUGACUUAUAAAGAAAUGCUGACACCUAUUGAGAAAAGAGCCGAAGAAUUGAACGUAAUUUUUUUGCUUGACAACUUGGAGUCUAAGAAUCUUAAAGAAGAAUGGUUUAAAGAUUUAUGGAAUGUUCGUCAUUCAAUCAAAAUCCUCAUCACAACGAACGAUCUUAUCCUCAACCAUCCUCUUUGGAAUAUAUCCGAGAAAAUUGAAGUUGAUCGAUUUGAUGAAGGAAUAGAAUUUCUUAAAAAACUUAAGGAUGGCAAAGAAAAGAAAAGAAAGCUAUGUGACUAUUUUGGCUGGAAUAUACUUGGCUUAACAGUUUCCAAAGACUACAUUGAUCAAUAUAAGAUAACUAUCAAUAAAUAUUUAGAUUUGCUAAAUCACAAAGUCGCAGCAAACAAAGUUCGUGACGAAGAGCAAAAUCACAAAAUACACCUUUACGUUGCAGUGCAAACCUGUUUAGAAAAUGUUGAAGAUGAGUUCUUUCCUGUCAUUGCAGCUGUGGCUUUUCUCAGUAAUAAUAACAUACCAGAAUUCCUUUUGAGCAGUCAAUUACCUUCAAGUGAUCCCCAGAUCAAUUUACUAGAAAUGAAUGAGCUUUGUAAGGGUGUUAAAUCGCUGAUUAAAAUAACAGGAGAAGGUGAUAUCCGCCUUUUUUCAUUCCAUUCUUUUACCCAACACGUGAUCAAAGAUAUGGUUGAUGAAAAAGAAACCAUUAAGUCAGAGGUACUUUAUAAGUUAUCAGGAGUUUUUAUGAAGAACAUCAACAAAGAUAAUCGUUUCUCAAAUGAUGAUUCUCGGUUGCAUAUCGUUCGUAAGCACGCAGAGAUAUUCCUGAAUAAAUGGAAGAAUGAAAAGAAAGAUGAUAGAACCAUGAUCGCAUUAGCUAGACUCGCAGAGCUCAUUGGAUUUACGUAUACUCGAGAACAACCUCCUUUGCUACAAAAACUGGACACUUUCUUCGAAACGUCGAGAAAUCUUCCUCAUAAGUUGUGUGAGGUGACUGAGGAUGACUUGCAGCCUGUUGGAUCGUUAAAAAAGGAGUCUGAUGACAAGCAAGAAAUAUACGACAUACCUCACUCCACAUAUCAUAUAGCUGAAAACUUAAUGAAAAAGAUGAAAAAAAAGAGUUCCCAAAUACCAUGUAUGACAAGUAUUAUUUACGAUCUUGUAUAUUGUCGAUCUCUGAACAAACAAGAUCUUGACGUGUUCCCGGAUGAACUCAAAAAUGAUGAAAAAUUGAAAGAAAUCAUCGAACUUUCACAACCGCUGACACAAGACAUCGUGAAUGACUUGGUAGAACAUAAAGUGGCAAUAGGUGUUGAAAAGUAUAGCCAUUUGUUCCUCGCUGAGCUUUAUGUUUCAUUAAUAUAUAGCUAUGGUAGAAACUACUUCUAUCACGAUAGAAAAACACUUAAGAAACCAAGUUUUUAUGUCGAUCUUAUGAAGCUUGCGUACUGUCUGGCAAAUAAAAUCAACAAAGAACUGGGACCUGGUGUCGCUGUCUUACAUGGAUAUCUUGUUCAAAUAAGUGCUCUUCUUUAUCUCCUUGUGAAAGAUUACUGUGUCGAGAACGACAAGUUAGUGGAAAAAACUGCAGAAAUUCGAAAGAAAGGUUUGGAAACUGCUAUCAAAUGUUACAAGCAACUGAGUAAUGGUCAACAACUGUUCUUUGAAAUGGGAAUCUUAAAGGCGAAGAACGGCGAUGAGCUGUUUUGCUACUGUGAAAUCUUAAAGUGCUACAGAGAAUUACUUGCGAUGCCAUCAAAUACUCUUGAUGAUGUAAAAUUGAUCCGUAAAGAUGGUAGCGGCAUUUGCUGUGAAGUUAAAAGAAAAUUGAAGUUGCUUGAAAAUCAAGAAUGUCAAAAGGGUAAACAUUAUCAACAAUCAAAAUAUAGGAACGCAGUCGCUAAUUUCUACAUACAAUUAGAAGAAGAGGACACUCAGGUAAGUUUCUACAAACAAGCGAUAGAGAUGUUUUCCAUAUCAGCUGAACACGCAAGAAAAUCAAAAAAGUCUUUGUAUCAACUUGAAGCCGUGGUUGGUUUAGCAGAUGUUUACAGUAGAAUUGGCCGUAUAAGGUUUACUGCUUUGAUGAUUUCUUUCUGUCAUCUUAAACAAUGCGAAAGUAAUGAAAACCUUCGAGAAAUGCUGCAACAAAAGCCUGAAAUCAUUGAACGUAUUCGUAAAAUCCAAAAAGUUAACAUUGUGCGAGCUAUUGCACAUUUAUGUUUAAAGAAACAAGAGCAGAGGCUGCCGAUCCUUGAGAAAGAGCAAAAGACACCUGAGACCAAUGAGUAUACAACUUAUCGUGGGUCAUUGGCUGUUGAUGGCUCUUCACAAAGCAGCGAAGAGGAGCCAUGGCAAACCAAAAAAGCCUACAAAGCAAUAGCGCGGAUGCCCCGAAUCCUUGAUGAACAACAAAGGAUACCUGAGACAAUAGAGUGUACACCCGAGACAAUGGAGUGUACACCUGAGACCAGUGAGUGUACACCAGACACCAGUGAGUGUACACCUGAGACAAUGGAGUGUACACCUGAGAGCAGUGAGUGUACACCAGACACCAGUGAGUCUACACCUGAGACCAAGGAGUGUACACCUGAGACCAGUGAGUGUACACCAGACACCAAGGAGUGUACACCUGAGACAAUGGAGUGUACACCUGAGACCAGUGAGUGUACACCAGACACCAGUGAGUGUACACCAGACACCAGUGAGUGUACACCUGAGACCAGUGAGUGUACACCAGACACCAGUGAGUGUACACCUGACACCAGUGAGUAUACACCUGAGACAAUGGAGUGUACACCUGAGACCAGUGAGUGUACACCAGACACCAGUGAGUGUACACCUGAGACAAUGGAGUGUACACCUGAGACCAGUGAGUGUACACCAGACACCAGUGAGUCUACACCUGAGACCAAGGAGUGUACACCUGAGACCAGUGAGUGUACACCAGACACCAGUGAGUGUACACCUGAGACAAUGGAGUGUACACCUGACACCACUAUGGACAAAUAUCUAAUAAAUUUGGCGAGGAAAAUUCCCAGUGAUUGGAAAAAUUUUGCUAUCUUCCUUAAUAUUAGUCAUGAGAAAAUAAAAGAAAUCGAAAUAGACGAACGUGGUGUCGUCUGGCAAGGAUAUACCAUGCUGAAGUAUUGGUGGGAGUCCCGUCAUAAGAAGAUACUGUGGUACGAGGAACUGGCAAAUGCUAUUAUUGCUAGCACGGACAACAGAGAUCUGGCCGAAAAGAUAAAAAACGAAGGCCCUGCUAUCAAUGUGCGUUAUCGUUAGAUUUCUUGUCAACGAUAUCGACAUUUCGUUUUCACAAUUGACAUUUUAACGAAAGUAAUACGCCUGUAAAUUGCAAAUUGUUGCAGUUUCCUUACGUAAAACAUUUCGUUUUAUGACUUCAAAUGCAAGUUUUGCUCCCUAGCUGUUUAGUUGUACAAAUUUUUUACAGCCAAGCUGAACUUCAAUGUUUUUUUUGCUUUACAAUACCAAUGUUUUAUCGCAUAAUAUACUCGUAUCCUUCCUACUUUAUUAUACAAAGAUUUUAACUAAAACUUUAGUGUUUCUAAAUUUAACAUACCAAUAUACUAAACUCCACUUUUUUACAAAUUAUAUUGUAUCUUACUUA